AUGAUGAUGAGGAGAUGUAGCAGCAGCAGGCUGAGGAGCCAGCAGCCACAGCCGCCGCACAAGCAGCACACACACACCCACGCCGCGGUACCAUGACGCCGGAGCACCGCACGGAAGCUCGCUCGGAGGAGGCCGAGUGAAGCGGCAGGAUGGCGGGGGGCCGCCGGGGACUUGUGGCCCCUCAGAAUACUUUUUUGGAGAAUAUCGUCAGGCGCUCCAACGUUUGGACACUGUCACAUAGACAGACAGACACCAACUUUGUGCUGGGCAACGCGCAAAUUGUGGACUGGCCCAUCGUCUACAGCAACGACGGAUUCUGCAAACUGUCGGGGUACCACAGGGCCGAGGUCAUGCAGAAGAGCAGCACCUGCAGCUUCAUGUAUGGCGAGCUCACCGACAAAGACACGACAGAAAAAGUGCGUCUGACGUUUGAGAACUACGAGAUGAACUCAUUUGAAAUCCUCAUGUACAAAAAGAACAGGACGCCCGUGUGGUUCUUUGUCAAGAUCGCGCCCAUUCGAAAUGAGCAGGAGAAGGUGGUCCUGUUUUUGUGCACCUUCAGUGACAUCACCGCCUUCAAACAGCCCAUCGAGGACGACUCGUCCAAAGGUUGGGGUAAGUUUGCCCGACUGACCCGAGCUCUGACCAGCAGCCGAGGCGUCUUGCAGCAGCUGCAGCCCACCGUCCACAAAGGAGAGAACGUACACAAGCACUCGCGCCUGGCUGAGGUGCUCCAGCUGGGCUCCGACAUCCUGCCCCAGUACAAGCAGGAGACCCCGAAGACGCCCCCGCACAUCAUCCUCCAUUACUGCCUCUUCAAGACCACUUGGGACUGGGUCAUCCUCAUCCUCACCUUUUACACAGCCAUCAUGGUGCCCUACAACGUGUCCUUCAAAACCAAGCAGAACAACGUGACGUGGCUGGUGGUGGACAGCAUCGUGGACGUCAUCUUCUUGGUGGACAUCGUGCUCAAUUUCCACACCACCUUCGUGGGGCCGGCCGGCGAGGUCAUCUCCGACCCCAAACUCAUCCGCAUGAACUACCUGAAGACCUGGUUCGUCAUAGACCUGCUCUCCUGCCUGCCCUACGACGUCAUCAACGCCUUUGAGAAUGUUGACGAGGGCAUUAGCAGCCUGUUCAGCUCGCUGAAGGUUGUCCGGCUCCUGCGUCUGGGCCGAGUGGCCCGCAAACUGGACCACUACAUCGAGUAUGGUGCCGCCGUUCUGGUUCUGCUGGUGUGUGUGUUUGGCUUGGCCGCUCACUGGUUGGCCUGCAUUUGGUACAGCAUUGGCGACUACGAGGUGAUCGACGAGGAGACCAACAUCGUACGCAUGGACAGCUGGCUGUACAUCCUUGCCGAGACGGUGGGCACGCCUUAUCGCUUCAAUGCCAGCGGCUCGGGCAAGUGGGAGGGCGGUCCCAACAAGGACUCGGUCUACAUCACCUCGCUCUACUUCACCAUGACCAGCCUGACCAGCAUCGGCUUUGGCAACAUUGCGCCCACCACAGAUGGAGAGAAGAUCUUCGCCGUGGCCAUGAUGAUGAUCGGAUCUCUUCUGUACGCCACCAUCUUUGGUAACGUGACCACCAUCUUCCAGCAGAUGUAUGCCAACACCAAUCGCUACCACGAGAUGCUCAAUAGCGUGCGGGACUUCCUCAAGCUCUACCAGGUGCCCAAGGGCUUGAGCGAACGAGUGAUGGACUACAUCGCGUCUACCUGGUCCAUGUCGCGGGGCAUCGACACCGAAAAGGUGCUGCAGAUUUGUCCUAAAGACAUGCGAGCGGACAUUUGCGUCCAUCUCAACCGGAAGGUGUUCAAAGAGCACCCGGCCUUCAGACUGGCCAGCGACGGGUGUCUGCGGGCGCUAGCUAUGGAAUUCCAGACCAUCCACUGCGCGCCCGGCGACCUCAUCUACCACGCGGGCGAGAGCGUGGACAGCCUCUGUUUCGUGGUGUCGGGUUCACUGGAAGUCAUCCAGGAUGACGAGGUUGUGGCCAUUCUAGGCAAGGGGGAUGUCUUCGGGGACGUCUUCUGGAAGGAGGUGACGCUGGCUCAGGCCUGCGCCAACGUGCGCGCUCUGACGUACUGCGACCUCCACGUCAUCAAGCGCGACGCCCUGCAGAAGGUGCUCGAGUUCUACACGGCGUUCUCCAAUCACUUCUCCCGCAAUCUGCUGCUCACUUACAACCUGCGCAAGAGGAUGGUCUUCCGAAAAAUCAGCGACGUGAAACGAGAAGAAGAGGAGCGGCAGAGACGGAAAAACGAGGCGCCGCUCAACUUGCCGCCCGACCACCCCGUGCGCAAACUUUUCCAGCGCUUCCGGCAGCAGCGGGAGGCUCGCACGGCCACCGACAAGCCCGGCGAAGACAACGACAUCGAGAAGGGUUCGGUCUACGUGGACGUCCCCAAGACCGCCAUCAUCACCACCACCAGCAUCGUGACGGUGACGGAAAGCCCGGCGACGCCUUCGUCGUCGGCGUCGUCGAACACGCCCCCCAGCUGCGCCCCUUCGGACAAGGUGAAGCUCCAGGUGCCGCCCCCCGCCUCCUUGGUGGGAGGUCGGGCCGCCGAGCCGGGCAAAGUCAAAGGCUGGGGGCGCUUCAAGGAGUCCAUGGCCAAGCCGGACAACUGGAAAACGGUGUCCAAAUCGGAAUCCAUGGAGACGCUGCCGGAGCGGACCAAGGGUCACGAGUCACAGUUGUCCCUGAAGAAAACGGACUCGUGCGACAGCGGCAUCACCAAGAGCGACCUGCGCCUCGACAAGGUCAGCGACUUCCGCUUGACGCCGCAGGACCGCAGUCCCGUGCAGCCUCCCGAAACCCGACGCUCCUUUUACCCCAUCCCAGAGCAGACGCUCCAGGCCUCGCUUCAAGAACUCAAGCUGGAGCUCAAAGACGACCUGAAGAGCCUCAACGUCCGAAUGUCGGGCCUGGAGGCGCAGCUUGCCGAAGCCCUGCAGCUACUGAAAGCCAGGACGCCCGCCGCGGGCUCCCCGCAAGGUCUCUUUGACAUUUCCAGACCCGCCUCACCAGAAGCCGACAAGGAGGACAUCUUCUCUUGAGCGCUCGAGGGACAUUUUACUCUCAACUCAGCUGCAAAUCCGGUAAUGGCCGCAUGAUGACGGGGAUCGCUGAGGCCGCACUCGCGUGGAAGUGGGGGUGGGGAGCUUUGCCUAUUAGACGAGGCAUCCCGGCGUCGUCUUUUAAAGACGCGCGGCCCUCCGUCGCGGGAACGCGAAUGACGCGGCCGAGAGGCCGUGGCGGAACGCGGCAACGGGUUAACCCGAACGGCCUUUUAUCUGUAGAUACCAAGCACGGCGCUCGAAACGUUUGAGAGCUUCGAAGUAAAACGGCAUGACCCAACGUUGUACACUGUACGAUUCCUUGCAUGUCGUAUCGAGUAUAAACCUUUUCACCACGAAGGUCACGUGCACUACUACUGGGUGGCAAAAGCAGAGCGAUUGCGAAAGCAGGGUUAAGAGCUCGAAUGAGAUAUUUUUAUUUUUUAUUUUUUUUAGCCUUCUUCUCUACCGCCGUCGUUUGAAUGUGUAUACUGUCGGUGGAAAAGAUGUUUUGCGAUGUAAGAUAAGAAAAGGAAAAACCCUUUUUGUCUCACAAUGGAGAAAUUCCCAAUUUAGAGCCGCAAAAUGAUGAAAGGGCAGAAAGUACAACACAAAAAGUCUAUCAAUAAAUAUAAAUAUAAAAUAUAAAUAGAAACAUAUUAAAAUGAGGAUUUAAUAUAAUUUUUAAAAUAAUAAUAUAAAAAAUAUAAAAAUAUAUAUUUAAAAAAAAAAUAAAGGACGAGAGACAGAAUGCUGCAGGUAAUGUACAUCCCGACGGGUUAAGUUCAUUCAAAACCAGACGUGCUGGAAGCUCGGAGGAAGUUAACCGAGUCAUUGAGGAACAUUCAGUUUUCCCAAAUUACUCAGACACGAUUUGUAAACAUACCCGAAAGAAAAUGUCUUCCACAAACCUGACGAUGGAGUUUAGAAACCCUUCGUUGGAAGGUCUUAGACCGCCCAAGUCAAUCCACAGAUCUUAACCCAACAGAGCAUGUAUUUUACCUCCUGAAGAGGACAUUGAAGGGAGAAAACCCCAAACCAAACAAGAACUGAGAGAGGCUGCAGUAGAGGCCUGGAAAAGCAUUUCAAAUGAAGAAUGCUCCAGUCUGGUGAAGUCAAUUUGAUGCACUUGUUGCAAAUAAAAGUUAUGCAACCAAAUAUGAAAUCGUAUUCACUUUAAUUCAAUCAUAUCCGUCCCAAUGUUUUUGCUCACUGGAUUGGUGGGUGGCUUCAAACUAAAUUUGCUCUAUCCUGAGUUGCCUCACACAACUAGAUGGAAAUACUAAAAAGCUUCAAUGGUAAACCUUGUGUUUCAUAUUCAUCUUUUGAUAUGAAACCUAAAAUUCAAUAUGCAACCAAAAAUAAAUGAAUUGACCUUGCCGUCCCAAUACUUUUGGAUGGACCCAUAUCUGGUGCCACAAACGCAUUUUUGUCAUCGUUUUCAGUUCGGGCUCAGCGGUAGCCAGUCAUUACUCUGCCUCCCAGAAGUACCACGGGGCUAAUUGUUUACAAACAGAAAGGCACCGCACGUGUCUUGACAGGUUUGAUGAAGCGACGUUUACGUCGGAAGAGGACAUUUAUUUGAUGGACACAUCAAUCAGCAGCUAUUGUGAUGAAUUUUUUUUUUUUUUUUGGAGAGGGAGGAGGAUGCUUCAUGACAAAUGGAAUGCGGUUCUAAUCGUGUAGUGGGCGUUUAGAUCCCAUUUUGGUCAUCUCCCACUGACACGCUCCAUACAGUACACGCCUUCACAUAGCAUGACAACCGGGCAUAACUAGACAGAUUUAUAUAUUGUUAUAUAUCAUUUCCACUACUUAGCACAGGAUCCAAAUGUUCCAAGUUGUAAUAGAACGUCAGGUAGGGGAGGAACAUCUUAUAUUUAUAUUUUGUGCCACUGGUUUGCAUGCUGCCUUUAUUGAAGAAAAAAAAAUGACAA